CGUCCCUCAGUAGGGAUUAACGCUUGGGUCCGAGUAAGCGUGCUAUGCAGUGCAGUUAAUCAGAUUAUUAAUCCCUUCAUUAAGCCUCUUGAGUAGCUCCCGUUGCCGCGCGGGGUACCUUGUGCUCGGUGCUGAUUGGAACGAGUUUUUCGGUUUCGUUCUUCAUUGUGAAAUAAGUAAAAUUGACGUCCUAUUAUUUGAAUUCCAAGGAGGAUUCCUUCUUGCGCGCAAGCGCAUUUUGGCAGAACGCAAGAUCUAACGAAAGUUUGGAGAAUGGGGCGACACGGGGUGCUGGUGCUGGUGCUGCUGAGCCUGGGCUUGGCCUCGGGGACGCGACUCUGCCAGUGGGAGCGGGUCGCCGACGACGUCCGGCUCGUGCCCAAGGGCUACGCCCUCGACGUGGACCCUUUCCCGGGCGACGGGGUCUUCAAGGGCCGCGUGCGGGUCCUCAUGGUCGCCUGCACCGAGGCCAUCAACGCCGUCAAGCUGGACAUCGAUCCCGCCGUCAACAUCCUCAAGCAGAACGUCAAGAUCCGCCCUCGCCAAUUCGACGGCAAGGUCCCCGAUCACAAGGAUCUCGUCGAGCCCGACCAGUGGACCGACACAGGGAAUCUGACAGUGACGUCUGUUGAGGUGAAGGAAAACGAAAAACAAUGCGUUAUAACGUUGAGCGGUAAUUUAAAGAAGGGCGAACACUACGAAUUGUUCAUACAAUUUGAGGGAGUUCUCGGGACGGACCCAUCGGCUGGAUUCUAUCAAACAACUUACUUGGAUCAAAAUUCCGGAGAAAAAAGAUGGCUCGUCAUUAUGAAUCUCUUGGAUGGAAAGGCGCCGCAAGUUUUCCCGUGCUUCAACAGGCCUGAGUUCAAAACUUACUUCUUACUCAGCGUUGCCCACAAAUCUGAAUUCCAUGUUCUCUCGUCUGAACCUGUGAGUCAUUCAAAAUUAGGCUCAGAGGGUGCAUGGGUGCGGGAUUAUUUCAUGAAAAUCCCAAGCAUGAGCGUCGGAUCAUUGACAAUAUUUGAGUCCGAUUUCACACAACCGAACAAUUAUCGCCAGUAUAGCAAUCCAGAUGGUGCCAACGACCGUGCACGCGUAGGGAUUUGGGGUCGCGGUGACUUCGUGUCUGCCCUCACCCAAAGCCAGUCUCUAGCCCCCAAAGUUCUCAGCUCGCUGGAGGCUUACCUCUCUUACCCGUAUCCUUUACCGGAAUUAAAUCUUGUCGCUUUGCCCGGCUAUAUCUCCGACAAACCCAUCGACGGUUAUGGACUACAACUCUUCAAGGAGAGUGACCUGAUGAACGGCGACAGUUUCUGGCUUGCUUACCGGUUAGCAAAAGCGAUGGCCUCUCAGUGGUUGGUUCAUCUGUCAACACCAGUAAAUGCGACCUCAGUUGGUCCUGCAUUGGCUAAUUUUAUGGCUCUUAAUGUAGCAAUGCAGUUGGAGCAGCCUGUCUUCAAUUCAUAUUUAAGUAACCUGCAAAGUCUUCUGAUCGAAUACAGCAAACCGGUUCCUUACUCGAUGGUUCCUCUUCAGAAAGAUAACAUUGUGGCUUUUAAAACUCAACUUGUUUUUCAUAUGUUGGAGCAUUGUCUGGGGACAGAGACCUUCAAAAAAAGCAUUCAUAACUUCAUGAAAAAGAGAGAAUUCAAGGUGUACACGGACGAUGAUCUGUGGAGUGCUAUGACCGAACAGGCCCUUGCCGACAAAAGACUCUUACCUGGGAUUCAGCCAAAAUCCGUCAAACAAAUCGUGGAAUCGUGGAUCGUCAAGGAUCGACUUCCGUUGGUCACCGUAACUCGUCACUACAAUAAAUCGGUGACAAUUACUCAGGAACCAUUCUUAAGGUCUGUGGAUUUGCUGCCUCCAUCAAACGAAACCGACAAACCUGAUCUGUGGUGGAUUCCAAUCGUUAUUGUCUCAGAAGACAAAGUCAAGGAAUAUGAAAAUAUCUCGAAAAUCAUGUCUUGGUUGGAACCUGUACCGCAGCAACAAAUAUCGAUAAAGAAUAAAAAUUUUGGAAUGGAUCAUUACUUAUUAUUUAAUCCGGGUAGUAUCGGGCCGUUUGUCGUCAACUAUGAUAACCAUAAUUGGUUUUUGCUGUCUCAAAAAGUCGGGACCUUACCGGAGAAAAUCAGGAUUCAGUUGCUCCACGAUUCAAUGAAACUUGCACUGAGCAGUAAGCUAAGCUACAUCACAGCAUUGAACAUGACCUUAUUCCUGCGCUACGAGCAGGCCCCGGCAGUGUGGAAGACUUUCUACCCUUUGGCAGACCAAUUCCGCAAACUCCUCGAUGGAACAGAAGCCGCUAAACCUUUCGAUUUGUACCUAAGAGGUUUAAUCACGCCGGUUUACGAUGCAUUGGGCGAUGAGGGAAGUGAAUCCUCGUGGAAGCAGGAGUUCAGGUCACAAACGAAGCACUUGCUCUGGCAAGCAGGUUUUGAUCCAUCCAUCAUUGAGGCCAACGACUCGUACAACCUUUGGAUGUCUGCGCCAGAUCCAGACUCUGGAAUGUUGGUGUCGAGAAGUUACCUGUGCUCUGUCUUCUUGUGGGGCUCUCAGAAACAGUGGGAAUUUGGCCUUGAGCGUGUUCUGAACUUCCCAGCAAACCGAUCGCAGUCUGAACGAGAUUUCCUGUUUAGAACUCUCGCAGGAUGUCCUCAAGAUCCCGUCAGAAUUCGCAAGAUCCUGAAUAUAACGCUGCUUCAGAAUUCCUCAGUUUUCAGCGAGAGCGAUAAAUUUAAAAUGAUUAACUCCAUUGCUAGUUCCAGCAUUGGAUACACGACGAUGUUUGAAUUUUUGAAGGAAAAUUGGAAUGCACUCAAAGAGAGCCUCUCCAAAAACAUGUGGAACCUGUACGUUCAGCUAGCCCUGGGACAGUUCAAAAGUGAAGCAGGGUUAUCCAAGGUGACAAGGUUGGUCGAGGAGAGGAAGGGUCAGUUCGGAGCAGCGGAGACGGACGCGACAGCUUCGAUAGAGAAGAUCAAGAAAGAAAUCAAAUGGGGAGCCAUGAACCUGAACGCCAUCAAGCUCUGGUUGAACACGACCCUCGACGAAAAAUGGACCGCCCGUAGAUUCACGUUCAACGACAGUCAGUCCGACAGUGUCAGCCAUAGUGGCCCUACAAAGAUGAUUGCAGUGCGGGGAAUUGACGAAGAGAGACAACACUAGACGGCAAUAAGUUUUGAGGAGACCAUUUCUAGCACUUGAUGAUAGUGCGAGAGGAUGCUCUAGUUGUUAUGGAGUAUCAUCAUAAGUCAUAAAAUGCAAGUAACUACACAUAUUCACGGAUGUUUCAUCGAAUGAUUGUAAGGAGGGAUAAAAAUAUGGAUAAGUUGUUCUGAAUACUAAUCUAGAAAUUAAAUUCUGUGCCUAGGUAUCUCUGAGGGUUAAGGUUAUUCGCUAGAAAGUUAAAUUCAUUCGGUAUCCUUCAAUGUACGUCUUUGUUCAUCUUGUUUUGUCGGAAUCAUUAAUAUGUAUUGCAAUUAUUUUGACAUGAAAUCAUAUUAAUAUCAUACAGACUCUGCGUUAUUCAUUCACAGUCAUUUGCAUUUUUCAUCGCGUUCGAUAGUGAAUUUUUUCUUAUUCAUGCAAAAAAUUUUAAUUAUCAGAUACCUAGCUAAAAUCUUGACUAAUUGUAAGCUUAGUAGCAGAGGCUCGAUAAUUAUUUCUGAUACUGCAAACAAAAUUCAUUUGUAAAAGUUAUUUUGUAAUUAUGUAAAACCGUCCAUUGAUAGGUAUUUUUUCAUUCCUCCUUUUGUUUUAAUUUUUUUUUUAAUCAAUUUAAUUGGUUUUGCCUGAAUACAAAAUACGAAACAGCGGUAUAGGUGCUGGUUGAGUGGGUUUUGAGGAAUGUAACAGAAAGACUUAGAUCACACUUGGUUUCUUUCCCAUAGCGACAGACUUAAAAAAUUGAAAAAAAUUGUAUUCUAAAAUUUUCCUUGCAUUGCAAUUGCCCAUUUUCCAUCUCAGAGUUUGUUAUUGGUAUUUAUUGACCAAAAGAUGCAAUGCAUUGAAAUUUCAUUUGAAAAAAAAAAAAAAUUAAAAUAACGUAAAAAAUUGUAACUUUAUCUUAAUAUUUUCGAUCCAAAUCCUGCUUCAGCUCUGGAUUUUGUAUUUUCCUGUAUUUUUUUGUUAUAUGAUAAAUCCUGAUCCACUUCUGCAAAAAUUCCACCCUUCCUAUCAUUCCCUCUUUCGCUUCAUAUUUGUGCUAUGAUUAGAGUUUAGUUUGACUGAUAUUCAAAUCACAUCCCACAAUUUGUGUCUCCUCUAGUUAAAUCAGAACUCAAUAAAUUUAAACUUUAAUUUUCUA